AUGAAUGCCAUUUUAUUAUCUGAAAACAAAAAUGCAAUAACUGAAGCUGUUUCAACUGUGAUCAAAAGUACCAGGGCUAGUAAAGCAAAAAAGAAUGCCAUUUCAACUGUGAAGAGUAGUGUGAACAGUAAUGAUAAGUCAAAUGUGAUCAGUAAUAUUGAAAUUGAAGAUAGUGCAACUAUUAGAUAUACAGAACCUACCUUUGGCGAACUUGAAGCCAUUUAUAGAAAUGCAAAGAUACAAGCAACAUAUAAAGCAACAGAGGUUUGGGUUAAGGCCCUUGAAAAAUUUCAUUCUAACAUGAGCUAUGAAGGCAAAAUUGAAGAAAUCGAUACAAAAGAGAUUCUUAAAGACCAACUAUCAAAAUUUGUGUAUGCUAUGAAAAAAAAGGAUGAUAGUAAAUACUAUUCAUCUUCAAUUUAUAACUGUAUGGCUGCAAUCUGGCAGCACCUAAAUCAACAUUCAGUAAUGCUGAAGCCUGUAGAAAUUCUGAACCCCAAGAUAUAUUUUGAUUUGAAUAUCAUUGUUAAUGAUAAAUUGAAAAAUCUAUCAGUGAAAGGUUUAGGCAAACAUGCCAGGUCAGAUGGAUUGACCUUGCAAGAAGUUAAGCAAAUUCUUUCCCACUAUACUAUGCAAUAUGAUAAUCCAGAAGAGCUAUUGCAGUGUAGCUUUGUAAAAUGGCUUAAUGAAGGAAUCGAUAUGAAAUUGUAUAGAUCAAAAACAAAUCAAUAA